AUGGCCUGGCAUUAUACCCUCUUCCCGCGUGGUGCUCAUACGAAAUGUCGGGCUACGGAUCGCUUGCUAUACUUCUGGGCUAUUGCUUUACUUGCUGCUGUGCACGCGGGGGGAAAUCUGGGUUUUGAGCAACCCAAUAUUAGCUCGCGAGCAUUAGAUGCAACUUGUCCCAACAGGGACCUGUCGGAUAUUCAGUUGGAAUACAUGCAGAACCCUGUCUGCUUAGAACCGAAAUGGGCCGGUAUUGGGCACGUCGAAAAUUAUACGUCGAAUUCUUCAUCUGGAGGAGCUGACAUUGAUGCAUCGAUUCCCCCUGGUGCUUCACCAUCGCCGUCAUCAACAGUAACAGCGACUACGUCAGGAUCAAGUGGUCUGGACCAGGACUUAGAUACGGAGUCGCCUCUUGAUAAUGCGAAUUUUCUUUCUUUCGAAGAGUGGAAGAAGCAGAAUUUGGCAAAAGUGGGCCAAUCGGUGGAACAUGUUAGGGGGGAUCGCCAAGGUGCUGGAUCUGAGGCCAGCGGAAGACGCCAGCGCCCUAUGGGGAUUGACAAUUCUUUGGAUUCCUUGGGUGAAGACGGUGAGAUUGCGUUGGAAUUCGGUGGGUUUGGGCCUGAAAAUUCUGGCCCGGCGUCAUGGGAGAGGAAGGUUGGGAAAGGUCAAGCUCCGCAUGCCGAUGGGGCAGAGUCGGCUACGAGAGGCGCAGAAGGAGAAACGCAGAUUGAAACUACGACUCGUGGAGGUGUUUCUAAGAGAAAGGAUGCGGGGACUACAUGCAAGGAACGAUUUAAUUAUGCAUCGUUUGAUUGCGCGGCUACAGUGCUGAAGACCAACCCCCAGUGCAGCGGCGCAUCGUCCGUUCUGACCGAGAAUAAAGACAAUUAUAUGCUCAACGAGUGUAGGGCUAGGGAUAAAUUCUUGAUAGUCGAGCUCUGUGACGAUAUUUUAAUCGAUACUAUUGUGCUAGCCAACUAUGAGUUUUUCAGUUCGAUCUUUCGCACGUUCAGAGUUAGCGUUUCGGACCGAUAUCCCCCCAAACAACCCGAUAUGUGGAGGGAGCUGGGCACCUACGAAGCAGUUAAUUCUCGAGAGGUUCAAGCGUUCGCAGUUGAGAAUCCCCUCAUUUGGGCCAGAUAUGUGAAGAUCGAAUUCUUGACUCAUUACGGUAACGAAUUUUAUUGCCCUGUUAGCUUGAUUAGGGUGCAUGGAACCACUAUGCUGGAGGAAUACAAGAAUGAUGGAGAAGCUAGCCGUUUAGAAGACCACAAUUCAGCCCAGAUUCAGGGCAACGUGGCCUCGGAAUCUGGACCAGAUAAUCCCACUGCUAAUCAGAGCAAGGUUGUCGGGAAGGAGAGUGAUGGCUCAACUGGAGCUGGUGGAUUUGACGUGCAACCAACUCGCGUUCAGAAGCCGGAGGAUAUAUGUCUUCCAAAGGCUGAUAUUGGGGCGAUCUUAUCGCGCAGUCUUGCCGGAGAGGAAGACGGAGUGUGCCUUAUCAAGGAGGCACCUCGCGCCCACAACCAAUCAAUGGAUGCAGUUCAGUCAGCUUCAGUCCAGGCUCAUGGCCCUGCUAAAGUGGCAGAGGAUGCCACGCCGAUAACUCCCAGUGCUGAAUCGUCUUCGAAUGUGGCUAGCCCUACCCAAAAAACUACGCCUACCGUGACGGACUCCCGCGCUCAAAAUCCUGCUAACGAGUCUCAACAUGCGACAUCCACUAGUACUCACAAGACCGAGUACGGUGGUUCAUCUGAGUCAUCGAAACCGUCGACUACAGUUCAGCAGCAUCAACCUAACCCUACGACUCAAGAAUCCUUCUUUAAAUCCGUGAACAAACGUUUGCAUAUGCUGGAGACAAACUCUUCCCUCUCGUUACAGUAUAUCGAAGAGCAGUCACGCAUCCUUCGAGAUGCUUUUAGCAAAGUGGAAAAGCGACAGCUAGCAAAAACCACCACAUUCCUCGAAAACUUAAAUACAUCGGUGCUGCAGGAGCUCCGAGAAUUUCGCCACCAGUACGACCAGGUCUGGCACUCCGUGGCCGUCGAAUUCGAACAACAACGACUUCAUUAUCAUCAGGAGGUCUUCGCCAUGAGCAGCCAACUAGGAAUCCUAGCCGACGAGCUCCUCUUCCAAAAGCGCAUCUCAAUCAUCCAAAGUGUCUUCGUCCUCAUCUGCUUCGGGCUCGUGCUUUUCUCCCGCAGCUCGAUAGCCAACUAUCUCGAACUCCCGCGCGUGCACACCAUGGUCUCCCGCUCCCAGAGCUACCGUUCCUCAACCCAUUCCUUCGAAUCGCCCUCCGCAAGCCCUAGCUCAAGACCCAACUCCUCCUACCGGGACAGCAGCAAGGAUGCCUCAAACACCAGCCAUAGACGCACGCACUCCGUCGAGUCCGUGGAGGAUGACCUGGCGGUAAAUCCAACCAUCGCCUACUCGCCACCAACCCCGACGUCUGAUAGCGACGAUCACGGAUUGCACCGGCAGGGCUCUCAGCGGUCGGAUUCCACCGCCAGCAGUAUUAUGGUAACCCAGCCACCGCAGCUUCUCAGGUCGGAAAGCAGUCCACCGGAUUUACGCGGGCCUUCUGAAGGGUCUGAAGGAUCUGAGGGGCGUUCUCUGCUAGAGGCUCCGCAGGUGUCCUCGUGA